UUGGGGUCCAUUUUGGUGCUUUUGGGGCCAUUUUAUCACCUUUGGGGCCAUUUCAGUGGGGUUUUGGGGCCAUUUUAUCACCCUUGGGGUCCAUUUUGGUAAUUUUGUGGCCAUUUUGCCCCUUUUAUGUCAAUUUCAGUGGGGUUUUUGGGGCCAUUUUUGUCCUUUUUGUGUUGAUUUCAGUGGGCUUUUGGGGCCAUUUUGGUGCUUUUGGGGUCAUUUCAUCCCCUUUGUGUCAAUUUCAGUGGGGUUUUGGGGCCAUUUUGGUGCUUUUGGGGCCAUUUCAUCCCCUUUGUGUCGAUUUCAGUGGGUUUUUGGGGCCAUUUUGGUGCUUUUGGGGCCAUUUCAUCCCCUUUGUGUCGAUUUCAGUGGGGUUUUGGGGCCAUUUCGCCCCUUUGCUCUCGAUUUCCAUGGGGUUUCCGGGGCUCUUGUGGUGCCUUUGGGGGUGGUCGCAUCCCGGGGGGUCCGGGGGGUCCGGGGGGGUCGGGGUCGGCGCGGUGACAGCGGAGCAGCCGUGCGGGACCCCGUCCCCCCCCGCAGUACGGCGGCUCCGACAGUUACCGGGUGGCCACCACCGCACAGGACAAAGGGGAGAAGGAAUCCCCCAAAAAGGGGAAGGGGAAGAGGGACCUCGACGACCUCAAGAAGGAGGUGGCCAUGACGGAGCACAAGAUGUCCAUCGAGGAGGUGUGCAGGAAGUACAACACCGACUGCGUGCAGGGUCUGACGCACAGCAAGGCGCAGGAGAUCCUGGCUCGGGACGGCCCCAACGCGCUGACCCCCCCCCCGACGACCCCCGAGUGGGUGAAGUUCUGCCGGCAGCUCUUCGGGGGCUUCUCCAUCCUGCUGUGGAUCGGCGCCAUCCUCUGCUUCCUGGCCUACGGCAUCCAGGCGGGCACCGAGGACGAGCCCUCCAACGACAACCUGUACCUGGGCAUCGUGCUGGCCGCCGUCGUCAUCAUCACGGGCUGCUUCUCCUACUACCAGGAGGCCAAGAGCUCCAAAAUCAUGGAGUCCUUCAAGAACAUGGUGCCUCAGCAAGCGCUGGUGAUCCGCGAGGGGGAGAAGAUGCAGCUGAACGCGGAGGAGGUGGUGGUCGGCGACCUCGUGGAGGUGAAGGGUGGUGACCGAGUCCCGGCGGAUCUGCGCAUCAUCUCCGCGCACGGCUGCAAGGUUGACAACUCCUCCCUGACGGGCGAAUCGGAGCCGCAGACGCGCUCCCCCGACUGCACCCACGACAACCCGCUGGAGACCCGCAACAUCACCUUCUUCUCCACCAACUGCGUCGAGGGCACAGCCCGGGGGGUGGUGAUCGCCACGGGGGACCGCACGGUGAUGGGUCGCAUCGCGACGCUGGCGUCGGGGCUGGAGGUGGGGAAGACCCCCAUCGCCGUGGAGAUCGAGCAUUUCAUCCAGCUCAUCACCGGCGUCGCCGUCUUCCUCGGCAUCUCCUUCUUCGUGCUCUCCCUCAUCCUGGGCUACACGUGGCUCGAGGCCGUCAUCUUCCUCAUCGGCAUCAUCGUGGCCAACGUGCCCGAGGGGCUGCUGGCCACCGUCACCGUGUGCCUGACGCUGACGGCCAAACGCAUGGCGAGGAAGAACUGCCUGGUGAAGAACCUGGAGGCGGUGGAGACCUUGGGCUCCACGUCCACCAUCUGCUCCGACAAAACCGGGACCCUCACCCAAAACAGGAUGACUGUGGCACACAUGUGGUUCGACAACCAGAUCCACGAGGCCGACACCACCGAGGACCAGUCCGGUACUUGGGGGGCGAUAUGGGGCGAUAGGGGGUGAU